AUGAUGAUAGCGAUGAUGAUAAUGAUGGGCUUUGAUGUUGAAAUAUUCUUUGGGCUCACAAGAGGCAAUGAUAGCACAACUGUUGUUGUUGUUGCUUGGAGAAAACAUGUUUUUGUGCCCACUUACAGAAAGUACUUCUCCUGUACCGACGUUAAGCAGGAAAAAAAAGGAUGCAGUACCUUUUCUUCUGCUCCAAGACCUUCUUGUGUAUCGAGUUCGAUGAUCAUGUAUCGGUCGGCAAUCUUCCAGGUACAUAACAUCAUCUGUGCCUGCUUUGUGCCUUGCCGUUGUUCUCAAGUACAGUGUGAAGUAACUGCGGUCCGGGAUACGUGUGUUCCUGAGAGACGUAAUCUAGAAGGGAGAGGAAUUGUUUGGUUUGGCGAGUCAAGCGGACCGAUAGAUCUCGAUGCUUGCCCUUGA